UUACAGUUGAGUAAGAUGAAGAACACUGUUCUUGCUAGUCUCACUGCUCUAAAGCUGUACGUAUCAGCCUCAAAGCCUUCGUCAGAGCCUUCAGUGUUCACAACCUGCACCGCUAUGUAGACAUUGCUCCACCCACAUCCGUUCAAUGCAUCCAAUGGGGUUGGAGUAUGAGAGAAAAAGGUGUUACCAAAAAUAACUGUGCAUUUCAUAAGUAUUCUAAUAAAGUGUGUAGGUGAUGUGUCAAACAAGACACAAAUCACACAGAGGACAUCAACCUAUCAAGUAAGUUCUCAAAUCAUUGGGUUCCGUACAAUAAUAAAACAAUAACUUUGGCUGUUAUUUCAGUUUUGUACCUAAUAGUGGAUUUCCUUAACCUCUCCUCUAGUACCCACAGCCAUUCCAGAUCCUUUAAAAUGCUCAACUAAUCUCUCUUUCUCUCUCUCAGGAGACUAUCACCAUGGCGAUAUUGACUAUCAUUCUGCUUGUCAGCACGGCUUUUGCUAUGGGAGAUGGUGCGAUACGACCCAAGACCCCAUGUGAGGAAGCUAGAGAUUCCGUGCCACAUGGCCAAGUUGGAGCCUACAUCCCCACGUGUGACGCCGCUGGACAAUACACCCCUGAGCAAUGUUGGGGCUCUACAGGUUACUGUUGGUGUGUGACCAGUUCUGGACAAUAUAUCCUGGGUUCUGAGACUCCACCAGGCACUGCUCCAGUCAUCUGUUCCACCCAGAAUGGUAUGAUACGACCCAAGACCCCCUGUGAGAUUGCUAGAGAAAAUGCUUUGAAAAAAGUCAGGCCUGGAGUCUACAUCCCCACGUGUGACAACGAUGGACAAUACAAACCUGAGCAAUGUUCAGGCUCUACAGGUUACUGCUGGUGUGUGAACAGAUCUGGACAGAAGAUCCCGGGUACUGAGACUCCACCAGGCACUGCUAGAAUCAACUGUUCCACCAAGUGGAAAUAAGGCCCUGUGGUCUCAUCCAACACCAUCACCACUUUAAACUCCAACACAUCACUACUCUUGAUUCCUACAUUGGCACUUUUUAUGCUUUCUUUACAAGAAUCUCCUAUGAUUUCAGUGUCAUGAUCUCUCUUCUUCCUGUGUCCCUCUGUCAUGACAUCUCUUCACCUUUUCUAAUUUAAUUCUAAUUAUGACAGCUGUGGUCCUCCAAAGACAUCAAAAUGUAAUUCCAAUAUAUACAGGAGUUCAGAGUCCAGAAUCAGAACCAUGCUACUCUGAGUCUGAAGAAUUGUUCCAGACCACAGAGGGAUGAAAGAUCCCUUGACUGAUUCUACAUCGUCACAUUUCACUAAAUCAUUCCAUUGUUUGCUUCAUGCAUUAUAUCACCCUGUAAAAUAAAGUACAUGCUCUUCAUCUU